AUGUUGCUGCUCACGGGGAUUGCGAGCUGCUUCAUCUAUCGACACCGACAAGUGUUGCCGGCCGGCCAUUGGGCGAGGCCCCGCCCCCGGAUUUUGGUGGCGAUACUGGUAUUCCAAUGGGUUUUAUGCAGUGCCGGUCUUGGGGUUGGCGGCUGGAUGAUGCCCUAUACGCAAGACUUGACAGGUUCAGGCAUGCAGCUCAUUUUAAGGCGCCAUCCGAGUUACCGUUUCCUCCUCGACGUCCCGGGUCUGUGGAUACUCGAUGAUACGGACAAGGGCUUGCAAUUGGCGGCAUCCAUAUUCUUGGUGACACUGAUCUACGUGAGCCUCACCUUUACACCGGCCAGCUUUUUCAUGAUUUUCCAUAGUUUCUAUGUUCUGAAUUCGCGGCUGGGGAAUAUGAGUGAUGCGACGCGUCAGUUGCAGAAAAAAUUGAUUGUGAAUAUGUUGUUGCAGAUAUGCGUCCCUCUCCUAACACUCAGCGUCCCAUGGUGCGUCGCCACAUAUAUCAUCAGCUAUGGUAUCGAGUUGCCACUUGCCGCCCCGCGAGCAAUCCUUAUAUUCACCGCUCUGCAUGCUGUAAUAUCAUCGGUGGAGAUGGUCAUCCUGAUUAAACCGUAUCGCCAAUUCCUCGCCGUGCUGUUUGGCGCACAAAGUUGUGGCCGGCAAAAAGUCCGGAACGAAAUCAUUUCCAUCUACAUCACUAGAAAGCCCCGAAAAUGCACACGUCGGGGCCUCAACAAACUGUCGCUCCUCAGUCAACAAACUGGCCCAAAAACGCGGCGGAAUAAA